AUUUACUUUCACAAAAAAUUUGGUAAAAUUCUUAUUUAUCUUGGAAAUUGUUAUCAAAUAUAGAUUCAAUAUUUAAUUACAAGAAAAAAAUUGCAGAUUAAUAAAAAAAUGUUAUAAAGAAUUAUCAGAUUUUCUUUUAGCUCUACUACUCCUAUGAAAGAUGCUAUUACUUCUAAGAUAUAGCAAGCUUUUAAACCUCAAUAUUUCUAAAUUGAGAAUGAAUCACAUAAACAUAGUGUUCCAAAAGGCUCAGAAACUCAUUUCAAAUUAGUAAUUGUAUCAGAUGAUUUUAGUGGUUUAUCUAAAGUAUAAUGUCAUUAAAAAAUUUAUUCUCUUUUACAACCAGAAUUUCAAAAGGGACUUCAUGCUCUAUCUUUAAUGACAAAAACAGCUAACGAAUGGAAUUAAGAUUCUUCAGUCAAUGUAUCUCCUAGUUGCAUGGGAGGAUCAAAAAAGAAAUGA